AGUAGUGUACACAGCUGACAGCACAUUCACCAGUGUUCAUACUUCAUUAUAGUGAUGUAACUCGUAGGAUUUUGUGACUCGAGUAAUUCUACGAAGUGAUAGUGAUCUGUGAGCUUAUAAGGACUCCAAACAAGAAAUACUAGUUCGAAAACUGAUUGAAGCGUAAUUAAAAAAUAAGGCAAUCUUAUUUAAAAUUUUCAUACCGUAUCUCUGCCAUCGACCAACAACGACGGGGCUGUAAACUGAGAGUUGCAGUUAAAAUCGCCGUUCUACCUGUGACAAGCAACUAACGUCGUGCUCAGUGUUUACAUUAUUUCGCGGAUAAAAAUAAAGCCAUUAUUUAAAAAUUUAAUGAAUUCAUUAGAAUGGAAACAUGGUUCUUAACGCGAUAUUAAAAAGACUUUCUUCUAAAAUAAAUAAGUAUGUGAUAAUAAUACAUAAUAACACCAAUAAAACGUGUUUUAGAAGGUUGUCAAGAAAUGUGGACGUAAGUAAAUACAAAAUCAAUCAGAAAGUACUACAACCAAUGAAAUGUAGUAGUUUUACAUAUAGAACACAUAAUUGCGGCGAACUGCGUCCGGAGCAUGAGGCACAGAAGGUUACUCUCUGCGGUUGGGUGCAGUAUAUCCGGUUAUCUAAAUUCUUGCUUCUUAGAGACGGCUAUGGCCUUAUACAAUGUACUGUAAAUGGCGACAUAAGUUCAAAUCUGUCUGGUUUACCACUGGAAUCUGUUGUGAUGGUUGAAGGCACAGUUGCUUUAAGGCCUAAAGAUAUGAUAAAUCCUAAUAUGCCAACAGGAGAAGUAGAGGUUGUUAUUGACAAAAUCAUAGUUUUAAAUGAAUCCGAUCCUGUUCCGUUCAAUUUGAGAGAUUAUCAGAAGCCAAAAGAACAGUUGAGACUACAACACAGGUACAUAGAUUUGCGUUCCAGUGAGAUGCAACACAAUUUAAGGCUUCGUUCUAACAUGUUGCACAACAUGAGAAGGUUUCUGGUUGAGAAAUAUAACUUUGUUGAGGUUGAAACACCAACAUUGUUCUGUCGUACUCCUGGUGGGGCAAGAGAAUUUGUUGUGCCCACCCACCAUGUGGGAUUGUUUUAUUCAUUAGUACAAAGUCCACAGCAAUUUAAACAAAUGCUGAUGUCGGGAGCAAUGGAUCGGUAUUUCCAAAUAGCAAGAUGUUACAGAGAUGAAACAACAAGGCCAGAUCGACAGCCAGAAUUCACACAACUAGACGUUGAAUUGUCAUUUACCAAUCGUACUGGAGUCCUAACUAUGGUUGAAGAAUUAUUAUAUGCAACAUUUCCAAAACCAUUACCGAUGCUGCCUUUCAAGAGAAUGACAUAUAAGGAAGCUUUACAGCAAUAUGGUUCUGAUAAACCCAAUUUAACUCACAACUUAAAGUUUAUUAAUAUUCAACAUUUAUUUGUAGAAAAGCAGAAUGAUCCUAAUUUUUGUGCUUUAUUAUUACCCUACCCAAGUGAAUUAGGAAAACUACCUGCCAAGUACAAGGAACAAAUAAGGGAAUUGACAAAGAAGUAUAAUACAAAAAUCAUAUUAAAUGAAAAUAUAACAAAAGCGAUGGGCAUUGACAUGGCUGAUAAAAUUAAGAAUGUUGGAGGUUCCACAAAUGCUAUGAUUAUUUCAUUAGGCAGUGAUGAAAACGCUUGCUUUUGUUUAGGUGAGAUUCGAGAAAUGUUAGCAAAAUUGUUAAGUUCCAAAGGAUUACUGACAGUUGAAGACACAAUCCAACCAUUGUGGGUUAUUGAUUUUCCAUUAUUUUUGAAAGGAGAAAAUGGUCUCCAGACAUGUCAUCACCCAUUUACAUCUCCGCAUCCUGAUGAUUUACAUUUAUUGGAUACUGAUCCAUUAAAAGUACGAUCUCUAGCCUAUGAUAUUGUAUUAAAUGGAAAUGAAAUAGGGGGUGGGUCAAUCAGAAUACACAAUGUAGAACUUCAAAAAAAGGUUAUGAAGAUAUUGGAUAUUGAUCCUGAAAGCUUGAAGCACUUUUUGAAUGCUUUGAGGUUUGGAUGUCCUCCACAUGGAGGAAUUGCUCUUGGACUUGACAGGCUAGUUGGCUUAGCAUGUAAUGCCGAAUCAAUCAGAGACGUCAUAGCAUUUCCAAAAUCACAUGGGGGAAGGGAUCCAUUAUCAGGAGCCCCUAAUCUUAUUUCGGAUGAUGAAAAAAGGUAUUAUCAUUUAUCUAUUGAAGAAUAGGUUUCUUGUUAGAGCGUUUUGUUUUUAAUUAGAAAAAAGAAUUGAAAGGAUUGCCUUUCAAUUCAAUACAAAAAGUAUUGACUUUUUGUAUGUAUUGAGGUUGAGUGUCCUCCACAUGGAGGAAUUGCUCUUGCACUUGACAGGCUAGUUGGCUUAGCAUGUAAUGCCAAAUCAAUCAGAGAUGUCAUAUCCAAAAUCACAUUGGGAAAAGGGUCCUUUAUCAGGAGCCCCUAAUCCUAUUUCAGACGAUGAAAAAAUGUUUUAUUACUUAUCUAUCGUAGAGGAGAUAUUUAACUAGAAUGUUUUGUUACGAUCAAUUUCGAACUCAUUCAUUUAGAGAUAAGCAUUCACUCAUGUUUCGAUUGUUAUUUAAUAAAUCUUACUCAGGGAAUAAAUAUUCAUCUUUUUAUUAAUAUAUGACAGAUGUACCAAAAUAUUUCCAUUUAGAAAAUAUUGAGCAUUCAUUGAAAAAUCUAUACAGAGGACUGUUAUACGUCAGGGGACUGAACUUAAACGAAAUUUAAAAUUUAAUUGCAGUACAACAUACAUAUAUACAUACUAAAAUUAAAUAUUUUUUAUUGCCAUUAAAGUUUGCUGAUUAUGCAUUAUGUAACUGAACCAAAGAGUUUUAAUGUCUUUGAACUGAACAAUAAACAAAUAAAAAAUAA